AUGGCGGGCAAGCAACCAGCGUCAAACGCUAACGAAGGGAUGGGUAGCUAUUACAAUCUCCAAGAAAAUACAUACUUAGGACCUGUCUCCGUCGAAGAAGGAACCGAUAAAGAAGAAAAGUUCUUCCAAGAGCUACAGAAAUAUGCAGAUUACCAGCAAAUGCUCUCUGAGAAGUUGGAGUCUGAUAUAGCUAGUGGUGAUACCUCUGGUGAAUCGAGUUCGCCCAAUCUGGUAUCAUCUGGGAACGGUCGAUUGCAAACCCCUAUUUUCAUACCACAGCAGGACAUGGGAGGUAUAAGAUGUGGAUGGAUACGAGCGUAUGCACCCUCAUUGCAACCAUGCGGCAUUGAUCAAAGAAGGUUUCAGAAUUUCUUGGAUAUUCUUAGUCAACAAAGCAUGUCCGUACCUUACGUUGAUGCCGUCAACAUCGGUGCAUUAGAUGCCCAAUCUCCCUUGGAACUCAUCAAUGCAGCCAUCAAUCUAUCAAAAUCCACGCCAUCAGUUGCACAUACAUUCCUUACCCGUGCCAACACCGAGUUUCUCGGCCCCCGGAAACUCUACUCCACCAUCGUAGUGUUUAAACCAGAAAUCCGCUCUCAAAUCAUCCGAGUCGACGCCAUGCAACCUAUUUGCCAGACCCAGCACCAUCUAGCCAACCCCCUAAUAGAUCUUUUACGCCCAGCCCCGCUUAUUUUGUUGCCUAAUUAUCCUCCACCGGCAACCUUUGCGCAGAAUUGGACGCCCCAAAGUAAUGUAGGUGCGUCGAGUUUGUGGGCGGUAGGCGGGAAUAGUGGUAGUAGAGUGGCGGGGUCUGGAGGUGUGUACCAUCCAGUGCCCAUCUCACAACAGGGGGGGAUGUCAGGGAAUCCCCAAAUUGGUGAGAUGAAGAUUAGACCGCAUACUUUAUACGUGAUGAUCGCCAAUGAUACCACUAAGGGUAAUUACGGUCGUGAUGAGAUAACAGAGCAACAGGGAUUUCAUGGGCCAGUAUUAUUCCUUUAA